ACUCAUUUGGCUGGGUUUAGUGAUGGAUGUGAUGAUCUGUCACAAACUAUCGCUAGUUGAUGAAACAUUGCCAGCACUCUGUCAAGUGAUGCUGAUUAGGUGAUGGCAGACACGGAAGCCAAUAACUUUGUCUAUGUUACCUUCGAACACCGAUCCUAAUGCCGCAUGAAUCAUCAAAGACAUCAGUGUAUGGCACGUACACGUACUGCUUAAUUUUAACCCAUCAACUUGGACUCCAGUCACGCCGGCAGUGUCAUCCACCUUUCAAGCACCGAGUCGUGUUACCGAACGAAUCGCCCGAUCCCUACUUUCGACUCGGAACGAGUUGGACGUCGAACCGACUCAAGCCUCUCUCUUUUUAUUGGACGACAGCGAUGGCGUGACUCCCGAAAUCGCGCUGUGGCUACAUACCGACGCGGACUCGCGCCACGCCAACACGCCCCUCUCGAGCCCAACCGAUGGACUCGGCUCACGGCCUCGGCGAGCUAAUCGAGCGGCUCCGCCUCUACGAGGCCCCGCACCCGUCCGACGACGGCGGCGGCGACGGGGAAGACGUCGACGAGAGAGGGAAGGUCUUCUCCUCGCUGGGACUCGCCGAGACUGCCGCGGCCGCAGCCGAUGCCCCCCGCCUGGAGAGAUUCCGGCCCAAGAGGGCAGCCGUCCUGAUUUGCCUAUUCGAGGGUGAUCCAGGCGAGCUCCGGGUCAUCCUCACCAAGCGCUCCUCCAACCUGUCCACCCACUCCGGUGAGGUGUCCUUGCCUGGGGGCAAAGCAGAAGAAGGCGACAAGGAUGACGCCGACACCGCAACGCGGGAGGCCAAGGAAGAAAUAGGACUGGACCCAUCGCUCGUCACGGUCGUUGCCCUUUUGGAGCCAUUCUUGUCCCGGCAUCUUCUCAGAGUAGUUCCUGUAGUCGGGAUACUUUCCGACAAACAAGCAUUCAAGCCAAAACUUAAUGCUAAUGAAGUGGAAACAAUUUUUGAUGCACCCUUAGAGAUGUUCCUCAAGGAUCAAAACAGAAGGUCCGAGGAGCGAGAGUGGAUGGGGGAGAAAUUUCUUGUUCAUUUCUUCAACUUUGAAACUGGGAACAAGAAGUUUGUCAUAUGGGGUUUAACUGCAAGUAUCUUGAUUCAUGCUGCAUCGAUUGUUUACCAGCGGCCACCUUCUUUCCCUGAGCAAAAGCCCAAAUACAGAAUUCCUCACUACAUUAAGGGGAAUUGCACAAUGCCAUGAAUAAAUUCACAUUGUUAUGUAGAAGCUUCUUUGAACAUCAUUGUGGCCUUUUGGAAGGUGUUGUCUGCACUCCUUCAGAUGCGUCCGCUGGUUGGGAAGAGUGGGAACCGGUUAAUUUGUUAAAGAUCUACACAAGCGAUUCUUCGAGAACUGGACUAUAUAUAUAUAUAUAUAUAUGUAUGUAUUUAGGAAUUGAACCUCAAAUGCUUACAGAGCUUAGAGAAUUAGCUGCUUGCAUUGCAACCAGAUGGAUCCAUUCGUUUGGAUGAAUAGUUCUGCUUGUGAUGCUGUAGCAGCUAUAAGAUGUAAGUCCACAAUCAAUAAGAUGCAAGUUACACAAGUAUUUGGUCCA